UACAUUUUGGUUUGUUGAUUGUUUGUACAUUGUAUCAAUACCGUGUGGAAGCAUGAUAAAUAUCGAGCUGUAUAACAAAACACGACUAAUUUUCGUAUUCAAUAGACAGUGAAAAUGUCGACUGUGUUAAAUACAUUUUACGCGAUUAACAUGCUUGAAAAUAAUAAUAAUAGUAAUGUGAGCAGGCAUUUUCACAUCGUACGUCCCGCGUUUAGACCCAUCCUUUUUGGAUGACGUAAUGUUUUCCUGCAGUAACGUACGAGGUUCUAUCCAUGUUCGUGUGGUACAGAUGUUAGUGGCACAAAGGUAUGGCACUCGUGGACGGAACCGUUGUCAUCGAAGGUUUCAAAUGAAAGUACACGAACAUGCUUGUGUCGGGGAUGGUGCAGCCCCAGCCUGACAGUCCACUGCAGUGGGACAUGUCAGGAGAGGACAGUGGGGGGGCCCUCAGGGUCCCACCGGAGCUGGCAGGCAAUGAAGUGGUGACCCGGUUGCUCGGAGACAAUCAGCAACUCAGAGAGGCCUUGCGGCGGAGCAACCUAGCCUUGCGUCAGCGCUGUGAAGAGAUGGAGGGCUGGCAGCGAAAGACAAGGGAAGAGAGAGAAUUUCUUAGCUGUCGUUUCCAGGAAGCCAGGGCCCUCGUAGAGAGGUUGGCUCAGGAGAACCACUCUCUACAGGGCCUGGUGAAUGGGCCAGCUUCCUUAUCCAACCACUGCUGUAGCUCCAAUCAGACUGAAGGGCCUAUUCCAACCAAGAAUGGACCCCUAGAUGCAUCGCAGACAGUGGACCAGCGGGACAGGAAGAGGGCAGAAGAAGCAGAUCAGCACACUCAGACAACUCCGCCGCGCAGCUUGCCCGCCGAGGGUGGAAACGACUUCCUGCAAAUACUGAACAGCCACAAAGAAAAGCUGGAAGAAGGUAUGCAAGAGUUGAAAAAAAAGAAUGAAGAGCUGGAGAGGGAGAGGGAUGAGGGUGAAAAAGACAGAGAGCGAAUGCGUCACUGCAUUGACCAGCUGUGGGCUAAACUGGCCCAGGCACAGGCAAGCAAUGCUCCGGAGGAGGUUGGUCAACAUCGUUCUGAGGCCCAGCAUUCAUCUGACUGCUCUAGCUUGGCUAAACUCACAGAACAGCUUCAGGCCACACAGGGCAGGUAUCGUGAGCUGGAGGAGAAACUUGACUACCUGCAGAAGAGUUCUGCUCAGCGAGACAGAACUGAGGCCCUUCUCAAGCAAAAAGACAAGGACUGUGAGGCUCUGAAAGCUCAGGCAACUUCCCUUUUAGCUGAACUGAAUGAGCGGCAGAGCUCCCUCGACAAAAGCGAGCAUGAACGCAAAAUGCUUGAGGACAAGCUGUGUAGUAAGGUGAAAGCCCUGCAGGUGGCAGAACAAGAACUGGAGCAGCAGAGGAGUCAGCAUCACGUGAAUAUGGACAAACUUCUGUUGCAGAUUCAGAGCUUGGAGCAAGCACUGAAGGCCGAGAGACAUGUUGUCACAGAGGAAAAAAAAAAACUGACACAGCUUCAGCAUGCCUACACGUGUCUCUUUAGAGACUAUGAUUCUAAACUGAAGAGUGAGGGAGGAGAUUUGUGCAGCCGACUAGAGGAAGCAGAGAGAGCACUCGCCCUAAAGCAGGACCUGAUUGACAAGCUGAAAGAGGAGGCAGAGCAACAAAAAGGCUCACUGGAAACCGUUCCUGUCCUCACUGCACAGGCUGAGAUCUACAAGGCAGACUUUCUAGCAGAACGAGAAGCAAGGGAAAAGCUGAACCAGAAAAAAGAGGAACUGCAGGAUCAGUUAACUCAAGCCGUGGCUGAGAUUGACAGGCUCAAACAGGAAGCAACAUCCCGGGCGCGUAUGGAGCAAAUGAAGCUAAGACACCAGGAGGACUUUACGGCACGAGUCUCACAUAUUCCACCUCCACAAGGUACAUCACUGACAAGCUAUGGUGGAUUUUCUGCUGGAGCUUUCAAUACGGCACCCCCUCCAUCAUUGUACCGCAGUCAAGCUUUGGUGCAGGUCGGUGAUCAAGGAGCAGCAGGAGUUGAGGAUCUGCCAGAUUUAUGUUGUCCAAAGUGCCAGUACCAGGCUCCAGAUAUGGACACCCUGCAAAUUCACGUCAUGGACUGUAUACAGUAACCGAUGCAGAGUUCAUCUUGCCAUGAAACCACAAUACACAUACACUGACCAGCCGUAUCAUUAUAAUCCUUUGUAGGUGAAUUGAAUGACAUUUUUUACAAUUAACACUUUUUCUUCAAAGUGGAUCUGUGCAAGAGUGGCUAGUACCUACCAAAAAAGGUCUUGAGAAGGACAACCAGUGAUCCAACAACAGGGUAAUAAUGGUUGAUAAGGGUAAUUGAUAUCUUGGCAACAGCUAAUUUCCCAUGUUGUUGGAAUCCCCAGAAGGGUGCUGAAGCAUAAAUUCCUACAAUAAAGUUCACGCUGGUUCUGAUAGUGGAUGGGGGGUCAGAACGCUUGACAGCGUAGUUGAUGGUCCAAAGUGCCUCCAGUAGUCAGCUUCAGAACUAGACAAUGUUGUGAUGAGUCUUGUUUUCUCUUACAAAAACCGGUUAAUAUCUGCAUUGUGAUGCAUUUAAAAAAAUGCAAUUCCGGGGUUUUGUCAUUUAUAUGAUUGUCAUUUGGCAAUUGUACCCUACAGAAUGAUUUGCACACAAAGUAUAUCCUUUUUUGGAGACAAUAUUGCUUCGGGACAAUGGCCCCCUUUCAGCAGGCCAAUGUGAAUUACCACACUACAGACAUGCGGGAUCUUUAGUGUAUAACAUAAUCAAUCUCCAAAGUCUAUACAUUUCAAUCUAAUUUACAUUUAGAGCCAAUGUCAUGGGGGGGACCCUCCAACUCAAUCUCAUGACUUCAUGGGUCUAAUGUUUACACUUUGGUGUCAGAUAGUCCAACACUCAAGUCAGAGGUCUUGUGGAGUCCAUGUCAGAGCUGUUAUAGUUCCUAUACAGUAUUAAGGAGAUUAUAGUGGUAUGGCUGAUCAGUGUAGUCAGGGUGUCUGCACUCAGCUCUGUACACAGUUAAGAAAAAGUUUUUUUUUGUAGUUGCAUCUUACUUGCACACACAUUCACGAUUUAAGUAAGUAUAAUACGGGGAUUAAAGUGAUUAUGAUGGAAUCAAGGACUUUUUGCAAAUGAAAGACUAUUCCUCUUGACCUGAUCCACCGACUCACUUUCUGCUGUAGCUGUUCCAUUAUAAAGUUCCUUUUCCUUUUUUUGUUGCUUUCCCGAGAGCCACCUUUUUCAUAUUUCAUAUUUUCCUAUGUCAUGGCAAAAAUAUGUGCAUUUUGUCAGACUUUGUACACAAUCAAUGAUCUGUGUUUUUUUUACUUGUCCCUCUACUCUGCAAAGAUAGUGGUAUAAGUUAGGGAAUGGCUGAACUCUGGAAUGAGAACGUAGUCUUUGAUUGCAUAUUCCACUGUUUGUAACAGUAGUUAAUUUUUGGACCUAUGAUAUAUUAUGAAAAAAAAAUUAAGAAAAACAUGUAAUGGUAUUCCGAUUUCCCUAAAAGUGGGAAAAUAUCCUAGUGAGCUUUAAAUAAUAAAAUGUAUAUUCAAAUAUUUGGACAUAAAUGUUGCAAGUCUACAUUACCUCAAAAUUUACACUAUGUAUUAGAGAUGGUUUUACUCUUAUUGAACAAAGUAACCAUUCUCUGUGUUCUGUGUCUGUGUAUACUACGUCACUGCAGUGCUUUAUCACUGAGGCCCUUUAUUGCGUACUUCCUGUAGCUAUUAUUAUGAAUGUAAGAACAUUGAGGUCAACGUUUGUGUGAUUAUUGUCUGUAAUAAUGGCUGCUCUGUUGGUGCAAAGAAAAUUGUUUAAAUCUGUUGACACCCUCCGAAAUAAAUCACAUAUCCCCUGCCCACGUUUGACGA